AUGCAGGUGGGGAUCCUGCAGUACGGCGAGGUGGCGGUCCACGAGUGGUCCCUGAAAGACUACCAGACCACACAGGAGGUGGUGGAGGCCGCCAAGAACAUCAGCCGCCAGGAGGGGCGAGAGACGCGCACGGCGUACGCCAUCAACAUGGCCUGCACGGAGGCGUUCAGCGCUGAGCGAGGAGCGAGGGAGGGAGCCACCAAGGUGAUGAUCGUGGUGACGGACGGAGAGUCGCACGACGGCGAGGAGCUGCCCGACGCUCUGCUGGAGUGCGAGAGCAGAAACAUCACCAGAUACGCCAUCGCGGUUCUGGGCCACUACAUCCGCAGGCAGCAGGACCCCGAGACCUUCAUCAGCGAGAUCAAGUACAUCGCCAGCGACCCUGAUGACAAAUACUUUUUUAACGUGACCGACGAGGCGGCGCUCAACGACAUCGUGGACGCUCUGGGAGACCGCAUCUUCUCUCUUGAAGGUAGCUAA